GUCUGGUUGGGGCACCAAGAAAUAGCAACCCCCACUCUCCCAGUCUGCCUGACGGUUCUCUUUGGCGAGGUAGGAAUCCUUCGCCAAAAAGCUUUCCCUAAAGCCCAUUCCGAGGAUUCAAGAGGCCUGAAAGGCCUCGCAAUGGCUCCGCCCCCCUGGGAGAGAGUGCCCAACCAAAACACGCUGUUUGUCCUGGUCACUGGCGCGAAUAGUGGCAUUGGCUUCGGAAUCUGCCAGAGGUUGAUCGAUAACUUCCUAGCUUCCCGCUCCCUUUCCUCCCAUCUGAUCCUAAUCCCGACUACCCGGACUGCGAAGAAAUCACAAGAUACGGUAGUCGCAUUGAGAAACCAUUGCAGGAAGACGGCGAAAACCUCAAAGUCACUGAGGUCGCGUGCUGGGCCGGACUACGACCCGAGAGAUACGACCAGGAGAAUCCACAUUCUCAGCAUCCAGCUGGACCUCUGCAACCUACCCAGCAUUCAGAAAGCUGCGCAGCAGCUGGUGAAUGGGACACUCAGCAGCUCGUGUGAGGAUGGCUACUUCGAACCUCUGGUGGACGUCGAAAUCCCUCGGCUGGAUGCCCUGAUAUUCAAUGCUGGGAUUGGGGGGUGGACGGGAUUGAACUGGUGGCUCGUAAUCCACCAUGUCCUUACCGAAGGGGUUGUGCAGGCUACUACCUGGCCAACCUUCAAGGCCGCCACCGCGGGCUGCACGGUUAAUCCUCUGCCGAAACUGAAAGAUGCAGAUGACUCGACAACUACCCCGGUGCUCGGCGAGGUUUUCUGCGCCAACGUCUUUGGACACUACUUCUUCGCACACGCUCUACUGCCUCUCCUGAGCCGAUCGCAAGACAGCUCCAUGCCACCAGGCCGCAUCAUCUGGGAGAGCAGCGUGGAGGCUGUCUGGGACAGCUUCUCCCUCGCCGACUUCCAAGCCAUCAAGACCGACGCCGCCUACGAGAGCAGCAAGCGGCUCACCGACAUCCUGGCCCUUACCUCCAACCUUCCAGCCGCACGCCCCUACUCAUCCACCUAUCUCAGCCCCGGCAGGUCGUCCACCGCCACGCCGCCCAAGAUCUACCUCACCCACCCGGGCGUCGUCGUGAGCUCCCUCUUCCCGCUCAACGCCUUCCUCUUCUUCUGGUACCGCGUCGCCCUCUACCUGGCGCGCCUCCUCGGCUCGCCCUGGCACCCCGUGACAGCGUACAAGGGCGCCUGCGCGCCCGUGUGGCUCGCCCUCCAGGACCAGGCCGCCCUAGACGCCCUGCGCGCCGACCGCGUCAAGUGGGGCACCAGCACGGACCGGUGGGGCCGCGAGGCCCCCAAGAAGACCGAGGUGGAAGGCUGGGGUUGGGAGGGCCGUGUCGAGGACUGGGCCGUGAUGGCGGCCAAGGACCGGGCGGCGGGGGUGCUGGGGAACCUGGUGGGGAGGAAGAGACGCGCGAGGGAUCUGACGGAGGAGAAGAGGGAAAAGUUCGAGGAGCUGGGUGCCGAGUGCUGGCGCGAGAUGGAGGAGUUGAGGAAGGAGUGGGAUACCAGGAUGCGGUAAAGGCCGGGUGAGCCUCGUGACUCCUGACAGAGAGGUCUCUGCGUGAAGUUGUCUCGGAAACGCAUAAAAUUAUCCCUAACGUGGCUUGCUAGACAACGCUCCCCCCGGGUAUUUAGUGAGAUACAUCGAUAGACAUACCCAUACCUAAUCGUAAUUACCAAAUUCAGACCACGCUAUUAAAAC